GGAACCCGUCACUGGCUGCAGGCUGCGGGCUCCUCCAACAUCUAGCUCUCUCUCUCCGCGCCUCUCGCUUCUUCUUGGCUUUGUUUGUGAGCGUCUCUCGCUCGGUCACCUUGUGAUGAUGUGGAGCCUGGGCUGUCUCCACCCCGCCUCUCCAGCCAGCUGAUGCGCGCCCUCUCCAUGUCUACACGGAGGGAGAGAGAGGAGCUGAGGAAGGGGGGAAACAAAACAGGCGAGACUGUGCGGGGGGCGAGCGCAGUGAAACAUCCAUGGGUGGCUGUGUGGGCAGUCACCAUGAUUCUUCGGGCAGUUUAAACGAGAACUCGGACGGAACCGGAGUGGCACUGGGGCGUAAUCAGCCCCUGAAGAGAGAGAAGCCCAAAUGGAAGAGUGACUACCCAAUGACAGACGGCCAGCUGCGGAGCAAGCGCGAUGAAUUCUGGGAUACGGCGCCUGCCUUUGAGGGCCGCAAGGAAAUCUGGGACGCGCUCAAAGCUGCUGCCCAAGCCUUCGAGAGCAAUGAUCACGAGCUUGCUCAAGCCAUCAUCGACGGGGCCAGCAUUACUCUUCCACAUGGUGCUCUGACGGAGUGCUACGAUGAGCUUGGCAACCGCUACCAGCUGCCCGUUUACUGCCUCUCCCCUCCGGUCAACAUGAUCGAGGAGAAGAGCGAGAUGGAGGCGCUGGAGGUACCCGAGGUGCCGGCCAGCGAAGGCCAAGAGUGCCAGCUGCGGCUCCGGCUCUCCACGGGCCGCGACUUGCGUCUGGCCGUACGCACCAGCGACAGCGUGCAGCACAUGAAGCGGCGGCUGCAGGCCCAGGAGGGCGUGGUGGCCAGCAGCCAGCGAUGGUUCUUUUCUGGCCGGCCGCUCACCGAUAAGAUGAAGCUGGAAGAGCUGAAGAUCUCAAGAGACUACGUGGUGCAGGUGAUCGUCAGCCAGCCACCAGGAACUCCGCCUCCUCAGCAGAACCCAACACCUGUGGAGAACUAGCACCUGCCCUGGGGAGAUAUCCUUUGUGGAACGCACCCAAGGUCCAUUGAAAGGGGUAAAUGGAUGGACAACAGACGUGGAGAACACCAACUCCAACAGCACCUGUUUCUGCAGGGUUUGGAGAAACAAAAAUAAUGCAGGAUUAAAAUCUCAAGCAGUCUUGCAGUCUUGGCUAAAAUUUAAGGAGCUAAACGUGGAAUGGUGGUGCUCCUAGUAGCUGCAGCAUCUUCUGCAGAUCAUCGGCAAGAGGAAGACUAUAGAGAAAGCUAUAGCGAUUCCAUCAUGCCUCUAACUAACAGAAGCUUGAGUCAUUUUGGGAAGUCACGCAGAGGAAUGGUCUUCCAGCUCCUCCUGUCUAACCUUUUUUUUUUUUUUCUUGUGACAAGAGUAUAUGUCUGCAAGGCAGACCUGAACUACGGACAUUUGGACGUUUGGUUCUUCUAAAACUGAAGAAGCAGCAGCAGCAUCACGAGCAAUCUGUCGAGAUGUACAGCCACACCUUGGCUUUUAACUUUGUGAAGAAAAAGUGAAAAAUCACUUUUUUUAUGAAUAUUUUUUUUUAUUUGCUUUGUAAUGGGAAACUGUUUUACCAAAAGAAAAAAAAAAGAACAGAUUGGGAAUUUGCGACGGAAGGGGAAACGUUGAUGACGAUGUAUCAGUUUUUUUAGGUUUUUUUCUUGUUCAUGUUUGUUGGUCCAACAUAUUGCUGUUCUUUUUUUUUUUUGGUAUUAUUCUUAAGUCAAUGACUUUUUUUCUUGCACUCUAAACAAUCCUACAGAGAGUAGGCCUUUUUUUUAUUAGCGGUUAUGCAGAAGCAAAGAUGCAGAGGGGAAUUUUUUCUUUUUUUCUUUUUCCAGAGUGUGUGUAAUAAAUCAGCUAUUUGGCCUUUUGCGUAGAUCUUGACUCAUGUGCUUUUACGCAGGGAAACCAUCACGGAUCCUCCACCCUCUAUACGUGUUUCUGUUGGUCACUCUCACUUUUUCCUGUGCCUGAGACGAGAAGCGAGAGAGGCUGAGAGAGGCCGAGGCCCGGGGAGAAGAUGUCAGCGUGUCGCUCUGUGCGUUUCAGCUCGCUACGACAAGAAUUUAGUCAGCACCACAAGGUUGCCAUGGCACCGUGUGGACGUGUGACAUGAGAGCAGCGUGGUAUUUAGAAAGGGGUGUAAUCAUGCACAGGGAAAGCGGCGCAGAAUGGAGUGGUUUUUACAGACACUGUGGGUUGGAGAGGGGGUGGGGGGGUGGUGGUUAAAAGGAGGGGUGGCUGGCACCAUGUGUCUCUCUGUGCCACGUUUGAUUUGGUGCUAAUAUGAAGGCAAAUAUGGACAGCGCGCGAGGCCAUCACAGCUCCCCUCUGAAUGUAGCUUCGUACGGGAGGAGGACAUUAUUGCAAUUUGUUUGUAUGUGUUUUUCAAAUCGGGCAUCGAGGCGCCCGUUCCGUCGAGAGAGAAUUGCAAAGUCGGUGGGAUAUUUUAAUGAUACAGAAUGCGUUUUUAAUUAAAAUAUGACGAACAUUUGUACUCCA